AUGGAUAAUAGAAUUCGCUCGAAUAUUGCACGUAACCGAUCGAUUGUGAAUGACACUGCGAUUCAGUCGUUAUUCAUUCGUCUAACUGAAAUGCACGCUCAAGUUAUGGCUAGAAUGACUAAACUUGAGGACCAACGAAAUUAUUUCGAAUCACUGCAAGAUCAUUUGGCGCACAUACAAGAGGCACGUCAGGCUGUGAACGCACUCCGUGAAGACUACGAAAGACGGAAACAAGAGCGUGCGUUAGAGGAGCAACGCUUAAGGCAGCAGCAAAUGCAGCAGAAAGUGGAUCUGAUGCGUCAAAAGAAGCAUCGCGAAUACUUGGUACUUGGCUCGGAAUUGGGGUUGAAUCAGCUGGAAUCGAACGAAAUUCAGAUAGCUGAGAACGAGAAUUUAUGA